AUGUGCAUAAGUCUUGCAUCUGUGGAUGAGGUCUCCACCGCAUUUAAGACUACUACCUCAGCUACUCUUGAGAAAGAAAUAGCUGGUGUUAGCUCAGACCGUCCCGUUUUGGUCGAAGAUAAACUUGCCUUUUUGCAUGAUCUUUUCUCGACCGUGCAAACUCUUCUUAAUGUGGUUCUCAAGGAUGAACUCUGUGAAAUGACAAAGCUCAACUUCAACAACAAGGUCUACCAUGCCCUCUAUAGUUUUUUCGAGGGACACGAUUUGGUCAAGCUCUACAAGGAUAGAGCCUUGGAACCGGCUACUUGCAAGAAGUGUCUUGUGGCUUUUCAUCAUAACGUAGAUGAACUAAAACUUUCUCAAGAUUUUCUAAAAAAUGACUUGGCCUCCAAGGAGUCUGAGAGGUUGGAAGCAUUCUUAAAGGCCAAGGAUGAGGAGAUAGAGAAACUUCAGGAGAAGGCCACCAAUAGCUUCAUUGAGGGCUUUGAGAACUUCCAACGUUAG